CUGGGCGCCGCUUGGUGACGGAAGCGGCACGCAGAACCCUCGCAUGCCUAGCAGUGGGUGAGUGUCCUACUCCUCGUGGGUGAUCACAGCCGCGCCGGUCGGAGCUGAAAGUGCUGCUGCCGGGCGGGUGAGGAGUCCCAAACAUGGCAGCCCUGGAAGAAAACUUCCCUCGAGGGGGUACAAGAAAGAAAUCCGAUCACAAGUCAGAGAAAUCAUUCCAGCAAGCCGCUGAACAAGACAAUUUAUUUGAUGUUUCCAAUGAAGAAAAAUCCUCCAAAAGGAAGAAGAGCCAGAAAGAGCCAGCAAUAACAAAAAAGUUCAAAACUGAAGAGAGAGAAAAAAACAAGUCUGUAACAGAGAAGUUUGAAAUCCUUAGUGUUGAGUCCUUAUGUGAGGGAAUGCGGAUUUUGGGUUGUGUGAAAGAGGUGAAUGAACUGGAACUGGUGAUCAGUCUCCCCAAUGGCCUCCAGGGAUAUGUGCAAGUGACUGAGAUCUGUAAUGCCUAUACUGAAAAACUAACUGAACAGAUGGCCCAGGAAGAACCUCUGAAGGACCUACCCCGUUUGCCUGAACUCUUCUCACCUGGAAUGCUGGUGAGGUGUGUGGUGAGCAGCCUGGCUGUCACAGAGAAGGGCAAGAAGAGUAUCAAGCUGUCUCUGAACCCCAAAAAUGUCAACAGAGUGCUAAGUGCAGAGGCCCUGAAGCCUGGCAUGCUUCUCACAGGCACUGUGUCCAGCCUGGAAGACCAUGGCUACCUCAUGGACAUUGGCGUCAGUGGUACCAGAGCUUUUCUGCCACUACAGAAAGCCCAGGAGUACAUCCGACAGAAAAACAAAGGUGCUAACCUGAAGGUGGGUCACUACCUGCACUGCAUCAUUGAAGAGGUGAAGGGAGAUGGUGGUGUUGUCAGUCUGUCUGUGGGCAACACGGAGGUUUCAACUGCCAUUGCUUCUGAGGAGCAAAGCUGGACCCUCAAUAACCUGUUACCGGGACUGGUGGUCAAAGCCCAGGUACAGAAGGUGACUCGGUUUGGCCUAACGCUAAACUUUCUCACAUUCUUCACGGGCACAGUUGACUUUAUGCACCUGGAUCCCAAGAAAGUUGGCACGUAUUUCUCAAAUCAAGCAGUCAGAGCCUGCAUCCUCUGGGUCCAUCCCCAGAGCAGAGUGGUACGCCUGAGCCUGCGUCCCAUCUUCCUCCAACCUGGGCGGCCCCUCUCACGCCUCUCUUGCCAGCACCUGGGAGCCGUGCUGGAUGACGUUCCUGUCCAGGGUUUUUUCAUCAAGGCUGGAGCCACCUUCACCCUAAAGGAUGGAGCUCUGGCUUUUGCCCGGCUCAACCAUCUCUCUGAUUCCAAGAAAGUCUUCAGACCUGAGACCUUCAAGCCAGGGAACACUCACAAGUGCAGAAUCAUCGACUACAGCCCAUUGGAUGAACUGAUCUUACUCUCUUUGCGAACCUCUGUUAUUGAAGCUCAGUACCUUAGAUAUCAUGACAUCAAACCUGGGGCAGUGAUAAAGGGCACAGUGCUGACCAUAAAGCCCUAUGGGAUUCUACUGAAGGUGGGCGAGCAGAUUCGGGGCCUGGUACCUGCCAAUCACCUGGCUGAUGUUUUCAUGAAGAACCCAGAGAAGAAAUACCACGUUGGGGAGGAGCUCAAGUGUCGGGUUUUACUUUGUGACCCUGAAGCCAAGAAGCUGAUAAUGACCCUCAAGAAAACCUUGGUUGAAUCUAAGCUCCCUGCCAUUACCUGCUAUGAUGACGCCAAACCUGGCCUGCAGACACACGGCGUCAUCACCAGGGUCAAGGACUAUGGCUGCCUUGUCAAGUUCUACAACGAUGUGCAGGGAUUGGUGCCCAAGCAUGAGCUCAGUGCCGAGUAUAUCCCAGACCCAGAGAACAUAUUUUAUAGCGGCCAGGUAGUGAAGGUGGUGGUGUUGAACUGUGAGCCAUCCAAAGAGAGGAUGCUUCUGUCCUUCAAGCUGUUGAGCAACACAGAACAGAAGAAAGAACACAUGGGACAGAAGAAAGGACAAAGCAUCAACGUAGGGCAGUUGGUGGAUGUGAAGGUUUUGGAGAAGACCAAAGAUGGACUGGAGGUGGCUGUCCUGCCCCACAAUAUUCCUGCUUUCCUUCCAACGGCUCACCUGUCGGACCAUGUCGCCAAUGGCCCACUGCUGCAUCACUGGCUCCAAGCAGGGGACAUCCUUCAUGGCGUCCUUUGUCUGAGUCAGAGCGAGAAGCACAUUCUUCUUUGUAGGAAGCCAGCCUUAGUGUCCACAGUGGAAGGUGGCCAGAGUCCCAAGAACUUCUCAGAAAUCCAUCCUGGAAUGCUGCUCAUUGGUUUUGUGAAGAGCAUCAAGGACUACGGCGUGUUUGUCCAGUUCCCCUCGGGUCUUAGUGGACUGGCCCCUAAAGCUAUCAUGAGUGACAAAUUUGUGACUACCCCAAGUGACCACUUUGUCGAAGGGCAGACAGUUGUCGCCAAGGUGACCAAUGUGGAUGAGGAGAAGCAGCGGAUGCUGCUGUCCCUGCGGCUGUCAGACUGCAUGCUGGGCAAUGUGGCCAGCACCAGCCUCCUCCUCCUGAGCCAGUGCCUGGAGGAGCUGCAGGGCGUCCGCAGCCUCAUGAGCAACCAAGACUCUGUGUUGAUCCAGACACUAGCCAAGAUGACCCCAGGGAUGAUCCUUGACCUAGCAGUGCAGGAGGUGCUGGAAGAUGGCUCUGUGCUAUUCAGUGAGGGCCCAGUGCCUGGCCUGGUCCUGAGAGCCAGCAAGUACCAUCGAGCCGGGCAGAAGGUGAAGUCCGGACAAAAGAAGAAGGUUGUUGUCUUAAAUGUAGACAUGUUAAAGCUGGAAGUGCAUGUUUCCCUUUUCCAGAACUUGGUGGAGAGGAAAGCUAAAAAGCUGAAGAGAGGCAGCGAGCACCAGGCGAUUGUGGAGCACCUGGAGGAGUCAUUUGCCAUAGCUUCCUUGGUAGGCACUGGCCACCUGGCUGCCUUCUCCCUGACAUCUCACCUCAAUGACACCUUCCGCUUCGAUUCAGAGAAACUACAGGUGGGGCAGGGUGUCUCAUUAACACUCAAGACCACGGAGCCGGGAGUGACUGGCUUUCUCCUGGCUGUGGAGGGCCCAGCUGCUAAGAGGACCAUGAGACAGAGCCGGAAGGACUCUGAGACAGUUGAUGAGGAUGAGGAAAUGGAUCCAGCACUCACCAUGGGGUCUCUGAAAAAGCAUACCCUGUCCAUCGGGGACAAGGUCACCGGGACUGUCAAGGCUGUGAAGGCCACCCACGUGGUUGUGACUCUGGAGGAUGGCAUCAUUGGCUGUAUCCAUGCCUCCCACAUUCUGGAUGAUGUUCCAGUGGGCACCUCUCCGACUUCCACGCUGAAAGUUGGGAAGACAGUCACAGCCCGAGUGAUUGGUGGACGAGACGUGAAGACGUUCAAGUUUCUCCCGAUAAGUCAUCCCAGGUUUAUCCGAACGAUCCCAGAAUUGAGUGUUCGGCCAAGCGAGCUGGCAAAGGAUGGCCACACUGCUCUUAACACUUACUCUGAUAGCCCUGUGGAGAAAAUCAAACAGUACCAGGCCGGGCAAACUGUGACUUGCUUCUUAAAGAAGUACAACAUGGUUAAGAAAUGGCUUGAAGUGGAGAUUGCACCAGACAUCCGGGGGAGAAUCCCCUUGUUGCUCACCUCUCUCAGCUUCAAGGUUCUGAAACGUCCAGACAAGAAGUUCCAGGUUGGCCAAGCCCUGAAGGCCACCGUGGUUGGUCCAGAUUCCUCCAAGGCCUUCUUGUGCCUCUCACUCAUAGGUCCUCACAAGCUUGAGGAAGGGGCAGUGGCUAUGGGCCGAGUGGUGAAGGUGACUCCCAACAAGGGCCUGAUUGUCUCCUUCCCCUUUGGGAGGAAGGGACGAGUCAGUAUGUUUCAUGUGAGUGACUCCUACUCUGAGACCCCCCUACAGGACUUCAACCCCCGGAAGGUGGUCAGAUGUUACAUCCUGUCUGCUGAGAAGCCGGUGCUGGCUUUAUCACUGCGGUUGUCCAGAACAAACCCAGAGACAAAAAGCAAAGUAGAAGAUCCAGAGAUUGACUCCAUCCGGGAUGUUAGAGAAGGGCAGCUCCUGAGGGGCUACGUGAGGUCGGUCCAGGCCAGCGGCGUGUUCCUGGGCCUGGGGCCCUCCGUUAUGGGUUUUGCUGACUACCCACAUGUGUCCCAGUAUGAGCCAUCUGAGAAAGACCUUUAUGACAAAUACCUCGCUGAAGGGAAGCUGCUCACUGCCAAGGUCCUAAGGCUGAACUACCAGCAGGACCUGGUUGAGCUGUCGUUCCUCCCGGGGGACACGGGGAAACCCGACAUUUUCCCUGCCUCCCUGGAGCUGCCGCUGCUGAAGCAAGGGAAGAGGAGAAAAGCCGAGGAAAAAUGCCAGAAAAGAGAAGGGAAGGAGCAGAAGAAUCAGACAACGAAACAGAAGGAUUUACAGGGGCAGCAGGAGGCACAGCUGCCCAGCAAGGAGCCGGGAGAGCUCCCACGGCCUCCGGGGAAGGGGCAGGGCAAGCGGGAGCGCCGGGAGUCGGGCAAUGAGCAGGAACAAGGCAACAAGAAGCCUAAGAAGGCCGGCCCGUCAGAGGAGAGUGACAGUGGUGUGGAAGUGUAUUACCGGGAAGGAGAGGAGGAACUGGAGGAGGCGGACGUGCUGCCUAAGAAGCCGACCAGGCCCGCAGAAGCGCCCCGGCUACGGCUGUCGUCAGGCUUUGCGUGGAAUGUGGGGCUCGACUCUCUGACCCCGGCCUUGCCGCCUCAAGGAGACAGUUCCGACAGUGAAGAAGACGAGAAGCCACGCCCCACAACGAAAAAGAGCAAGAAGGAGAGGGAACUGGAGAAACAGAAGGCUGAGAAGGAGCUGUCGCGUAUUGAAGAGGCGCUGAUGGAUCCUGGGCGGCAGCCAGAGUCGGCAGAUGAGUUUGACCGCCUCGUGCUGAGCUCCCCCAACAGCUCCAUCCUGUGGCUGCAGUACAUGGCUUUCCACCUGCAGGCCACAGAGAUCGAGAAGGCCCGGGCCGUCGCAGAGAGGGCCCUCAAAACCAUCUCCUUCAGGGAGGAACAAGAGAAGCUGAACGUGUGGGUGGCGCUGCUGAACCUGGAGAACAUGUAUGGCUCCCGGGAGUCCCUGGACAAGGUCUUCGAGCGGGCGCUGCAGUACAACGAGCCGCUCAAGGUCUUCCUCCACCUGGCUGAUAUCUACACCAAGUCAGAGAAAUUCCAGGAAGCUACUGAGCUAUACAACCGCAUGCUGAAGCGUUUCCGGCAGGAGAAGGCCGUCUGGAUCAAGUAUGGUGCCUUCCUCUUGCGGAGGAGCCAGGCUGGGGCAAGCCACCGCGCACUGCAGCGGGCCCUCGAGUGCUUGCCUUCCAAGGAUCAUGUGGAUGUGAUUGUCAAGUUUGCCCAGCUGGAGUUCCAGCUGGGGGACGCAGAGCGGGCCAAAGCCAUGUUUGAGAACACGCUGAGCACCUACCCCAAGCGUACGGACGUCUGGUCGGUCUACAUCGACAUGACCAUCAAGCACAGCAGCCAGAAGGAAGUCCGGGACAUCUUCGAGCGUGUUAUUCAUCUGAGUCUGGCCCCCAAGAGGAUGAAAUUCUUCUUCAAACGCUACCUGGACUAUGAGAAGCAACACGGCACAGAGAAGGAUGUUCAAGCAGUUAAGGCCAAGGCCCUGGAAUAUGUGGAGGCCAGGAGCUCGGUAAUGGAGGACUAGCAGCAGGUGGCUCCACUGGACAUGGACAUGGACAUGGGCAGCCUUGGGCCUGCCCAGCCUGCCUCAAAUGCCACACUCCAGCAGAGCUCUGCAGCUUGAGGACCUGGAUUAAUCGCUGCUUUUUCUGCAGCAACGUUGGCGUCAUCCUGUCAGGAUGGAAAAGAUUUGUAGUUUUUGAA